UCAACUUGCAAGGAAGAGCCGGGGGAGAGAGAGAGACUUGGAAGGGAGCUUUUGGCUGGCUUGGAGGACUCAAUCAGGCCAUCUUUUUAUCACCUAUUCCUCGGCAAGCAAAAUUGAAAUAUUAUCAAAUCAUUGAUCUGGACUCUGUAGAGCUUAGCUUGGUGACUUGGAUACACACACAGAUAUAUAUAUAUAUAUAUAAUCUAGGGAAGGAAGGAAGGAAGGAAGAGAGAGUCUAUAUAUAUGUGUCUGGUUGCUCUUCGGUGAUACAACAAUGGAGAGGUAUGAGAUUCUGAGAGAUAUAGGCUCUGGUAACUUCGGUGUGGCCAAGCUUGUGAGGGAUAAGUGGACUGGUGAGCUUUAUGCUGUCAAGUUCAUCGAGAGAGGCCAGAAGAUUGAUGAGCAUGUGCAGAGAGAGAUCAUGAACCACAGAUCCUUGAGGCAUCCCAAUAUAAUUAGGUUCAAGGAGGUCCUUCUAACACCAACUCAUCUUGCCAUUGUCAUGGAAUAUGCUGCCGGAGGAGAACUUUUCGAGAGAAUAUGCACUGCCGGUAGGUUCAGCGAGGAUGAGGCAAGAUUUUUCUUCCAACAACUGAUAUCUGGGGUCAGUUACUGCCAUUCGAUGCAAAUUUGCCAUAGGGACCUUAAGCUGGAAAACACGCUAUUGGAUGGAAGUGUAGCACCGCGCCUCAAAAUUUGUGACUUUGGCUACUCCAAGUCAUCUGUGUUGCACUCUCAACCCAAAUCCACGGUAGGAACACCGGCCUACAUAGCGCCAGAGGUCUUAUUGCGAAAAGAAUAUGAUGGGAAGAUUGCAGAUGUUUGGUCUUGUGGGGUUACAUUAUAUGUGAUGCUGGUUGGUGCUUAUCCCUUUGAAGAUCCUGCUGAUCCUAGAAAUUUCAGGAAGACAAUUACUCGUAUACUUAGUGUCCAGUACUCGAUCCCAGACUAUGUCCGAGUUUCCAUGGAGUGUCGACACCUUCUUUCUCGGAUAUUUGUUGCUGACCCUGAAAAGAGAAUAACCAUACCAGAAAUCAAAAAGCACCCCUGGUUCCUGAAGAACCUGCCCGCCGAAUUCAUGGAAGGAGAGGAAGCUAGUUUGCAGAGGAACGAUGCAGAUAAUCCAUCUCAAAGCAUGGAAGAAGUGUUGGCUAUAAUUCAAGAGGCUGGAAAAGGUGGAGAUGUGCCGAAAGGAGGGCAUUUUGUUGGCGGCAGCAUGGACCUCGAUGACAUAGACGACGCAGACAUCGAUGAUAUAGAGACGAGUGGAGACUUCGUGUGUGCAUUGUAGGUUGUAGCUUUUCAUCAUACAGAUUACCACCAUCUUCCUGUAACACAAUUGUUGAUGAGGUAAUCUUCUGCAUGCAUUUCCAUGAGAACCUAACGAGCAGCUGCUUCAAUGCCUUUCUAAGCUUUCCUGAACCCAAAUUUGCUCUCUUAGAUGGGAUUUUACACAAUCAAAUUGCUCUAAAAUGGGGGAUAUAUCUGUUGAGCAUCUAUAAAGUGUGUAUCUGUGUGCUAUAUAAAUCAGCAUGAUUUGGACACUUUGGAA